AUGCGUUUCUCCGCCGCCUUUAUUUCAACCCUGGUGCUCUCCAGUACCGCGCUGGCUGGCCCGGCUGCCCAGGUAUCCUCAUCUGUGGGAGCUGGUGCGACCCCAGAGGCAGAAGCGAACAAGAAGGAUGUUGCGCAGCCCCAUGCAAACAGUGAGAGUACAUCAGACACCACUCCUCUUGUGCAAGUAACAGAGAACAUUGUCAACACUGCUGCGCAGCAGAAUACUCAGACUGCAACUCACGCAGCAGCAGCAGUAUCGACCGCUGAAUCGAGCAGCAACGACAAGGAGAAGGCUGCUGCGGACACAACCAGCACAGCGCAGAAGGACACCCAGAGUACUGCGACUUCUACCAACAAUGAGACUUCGGCCAAGCCGGACACGCCGGGCCUCAACGACACAAUGCCGACAGGUAACUCUGCUUCGGGAAGCCCUACCGGAGAGACGGCUGCAUCUCAUGUCUCUCAAAAGAUCAAGACAGGAUCUAGUGCUCAGGAGACGGCUACCGCGACCCAGACUACGAAGUCUGCAGAAAGCACACAAAACUCCUACACAGGGGGCGGUAGCACGGAGAAGCACUCCUCGGAUGCUGGAAAAUUCUUUGACGGAAUCGGGGGCCUGUUUUCCCCUACUCUGCUGGCGGAUAUCGAGUCCUUCUUCCACCAUGUCGGCUAUCUCCUCGAUGACGAUACCACACAGAAUACAAAGGAUCUGAUUAAUACUGCUUCCGGUCUGCUCACCAAGAGCCUGAUCACCAAGGUCACUGGACUACUUGACAACGCCAGCGACCUGUUGACUGCCGAGUUCGUCAAGGAGACCAAGAGUCUGAUCAAAGCCGUUGGUCCUGUGAUCACUCCUGAAUUGUUCAAGGAGAUCAAUAGUCUGCUUGGCAACGCAAACCAUCUCCUGACCGCUGAAUUCGUCAAGGAAACCAAAGAGCUCAUUAACACCGUGUCCCCCGUCCUUACGCCUGACCUGUUCAAGGAGAUCAACAGUCUUCUAGGUAACGCCAACAACCUUCUGACUCCUUCAUCUGUGAAGGGAAUCAAUAACCUGCUCACUAACGCCGGUGGUCUGUUGACUGCCGACUUUGUCAAAGAGACUAAGAGCCUGAUCAGCGCUAUUGGCCCUAAUAUCACACCUGAGCUGUUCAAGGAGGUCAACAGCGUUCUUGGCAACGCUAACAAGCUCUUGACCCCCUCAACUAUUAAGGAGAUUGGCGGCUUGUUGAGCAAUGCCAACACUCUCUUGACACCUGCAACAAUCAAGGAGAUUGGUGGCUUGUUGGACAAUGCCAACACUCUCCUGACGCCUGCAACAAUCAAGGAGAUUGGCGGCUUGUUGGACAAUGCCAACGCUCUCCUGACACCUUCAACAACCAAGAAAAUCGGCGGCCUUCUCAACAACGCCAACAGCCUCCUGACCGCCGAUUCUGUCAAGGAGAUUGGUGGCCUCCUCAGCAGUGCCAGCAGCCUUUUGACACCUAGCUUCGUGAACGAGACCCAAGGCCUCAUUGGCGGUGUGUCGAAGUACCUGACCCCAGAAAUUCUCGCAUCUCUCGGCCCCCUACUCUCCAACGCCAACGACCUCUUGACGGAAGACGGCGUCAAGGAGAUCAAUGGCCUACUGGGUAAUGCCAACGAUCUUCUCACCGCGGAUUCGGUCAAGGAGAUCGGAGGUCUGCUUUCCAGUGCCAGUGAUCUGCUCACGCCCAAGUUCGUCCGCGAGACCCAGGGCCUCAUUGAUCUAGUCGCGCCAGCUAUUACAUCGAAACUCCUGACCAACGUCUCCUACCUGCUCGGAAACGCUACUGGCCUGCUGAACCCAUCAUUCGUCAAUGACACCCGCACUCUCAUCACUGAUGUCUCGCCUGUCAUCACCCCCAACCUCCUUGCUGAGGUGGGUGGACUUCUAAAUAAUGCCGGCGAUCUCCUCACACCCAAGUUUGUGAACGAGACCCAGACUCUGAUCGAGGAUGCCGCAGAUAUCCUUCCUCUUGUCACAAAGCUGCUCGGGUCGUUGUAA